AUGGGAGAUCAAUUCGCGGUUCUAUGUAAACAUCUAGGUAUUCCUCUUGCUACUGAGUCACCGGAGUCGAGUAUUUUUCAACAUCAACAACUGAUUAUUCAUCUCGCUUCAAGUAAUCUUAUUCGUUAUCCAAAAAUCGACUUUCCUCGCUUUAAUGCUUCGAUUCAUUUUGAUGGCAAGGCCGAUUCAUGGUUCUUAGAUUAUCAAGAGGGUAAAACAUUUUUAGAUUGGGAUAAAUUCAUUCAUGAUGUUUGUCUUCGUUUUGAGGAUGUUGCUUAUGAUAAUUACGUUGGUAGCUUUAAUAAAUUAUCUCAGACUUCCACAUUGGAAGAAUAUUUUGAACGUUAUGAAUCUCUUAAAGCUGUUAUGAAAGCUAAGCAUAAAGACCUCUUUGAGGAUUAUUACACAUUAAGUUUCAUUAGUGGUCUCAAGGAAGAAAUUCGUAAUCCAGUGCAGAUGUUCAAACCCUCUAGUGAUACUGAUGCUUUUUAUUUGGCUCGGAUGCAACAAGCCUCUGUGGAAUUUCAGAGCAAAUGUUAUAGAUACCAGAAACCAUUCAUUCCUUCUCAGACUUUCUCUUCCUCACCUUCUACUUCUAGACCACCAGUUUCACCCUUAACAACCAUACCUGCAUCAUCCUUUUUACCCUCUAAACCAUUUGUCACACAUCCUACUACUCCCACUAGAGCUGAACCUCCUACUCCACCUAUAAGGAGGUUAACUCCUGCUCAGAUGAAAGUUAAAAUAGAUAAGGGGUUAUAUUAUAACUGCGAUGAAAUGUAUGAACAGGGACACAUGUGUAAGACUCAACAAUUGUUCAUGUUAGUAGCUUCUGCUGAAGAGUCUUCCCUAUCAGUGGAGGAGACUGAAGAAGAUGCUGGAUCACCUACUCCUUUUAUUGAAUCUACCAUGGAGAUCUCGCUUCAUGCCUUGACUGGAUUAGUAGCUCAGAACACCAUCAGAGUACCUGGUAAGCUCAACAACAAAGAUAUUUUGGUGCUGGUGGAUACUGGAAGCACACACAGCUUUGUGGAUGCUAGAAUCGCUGAGCAAUUACAUCUCCACAUUCAACCCACAGGUCACAUGCUCGUCACAGUGGCAAAUGGAGAUACUACUACAAGCUCCGGUUUAGGGGAUGUUAUGUUCAAUCUCUCCGAUCUUCUAUUGUCAUUCGUACAUCAAGGACAGAACAUUACUCUACAAGGGUGUGCCACUACUCCUUCUUGUAGUAUGAUUAGUGGGUCUUCACUUCUCAAGUUUCUUAAAAGCAAGACACCAACAUUAAUUGGGAAUUUUUUUUCUCUAACUGCAAUACAUGUUGCUCCCACUCCUCCUGUCAUUACAUUAGUAUUACAGGAUUAUCAAGAUGUGUUUGCAGAACCAAAAACUUUGCCACCUGCCAGAGCAUUGGAUCACCACAUUCCUCUUAAUCCCAACACAACACCUUCUUCUCAGCGACCCUACCGAUGUCCCUAUGUACUGAAAGCUGUGGUGGAAAAGUUAGUUCAAGAAAUGCUAGAAUCUGGUAUUAUUCAACACAGUAAUAGUCCAUUUGCGGCUACAAUUUUUUUGGUCAAGAAGAAAGACGAGUCAUGGAGAUUUUGCGUAGACUACAGGAAGCUAAAUGAUUCUACGAUCACAAAUAAGUUUCCUAUACCCUUAAUUGAUGAUUUACUUGAUGAGUUAAAUGGGAAGAAAUUUUUUUCUAGGAUUGACCUUAAGUCUGUCUAUCACCAAAUACGUAUGCAUUUAUCUGAUAUUUUUAAAACAGCUUUUCGCACACAUCAUGGUCAUUAUGAAUUUCGAGUUAUGCCCUUCGGAUUAACAAAUGCACCGGCUACUUUCCAAGCCCUCAUGAAUCAGAUUUUUCAGCCUUUUCUUCGAAAAUUCAUCAUAGUCUUCUUCGAUGACAUACUAGUUUAUAGUGAUUCUUUAGAGGAGCAUAUACUGCAUUUAUCUCAGUCCCUAUCAUUAUUAAGACAACAUUCUCUAUUUGCCAAUUGGCACAAGUAUUUCUUUGCUCAAAACCAGCUAGCUUACUUAGGACAUCUCGUUACUUCAGAGGGUGUUGCCGCAGAUCCUGAUAAGCUUGCAGCAAUGGAAAAUUGGCCACAACCCACUACAGUGAAGCAAUUAAGAGGUUUUCUCCGGUUAACGGGUUAUUACAGACGAUUCAUCAAAUCCUAUGGCACUAUUAUCUGA